AUGGAGAAUGAGGGUGACGACUGUCCACAAUGCUGGGCAAAUCAUGAUGAAUGGAUCAUCCGCUACACCAACGCCCAUACCAGAGUUUCACUCAUGAUUCAGACGGGCCAGCGGAAGAUUCCUCAUUCUGCAAGGCCGAAGCGCCGAGAAAAAUCGCCGCACCAGUUUGGGCGAAGCAUCAAAUCCCAGCGAGGGGAAACAUCGAAAAUAAGAUUAAAGCGUGCAGAAGCAAUUUGCCCGGGUCACCCUCAAUCAUUCCAUGACAAGGCUGUUUUCGUUUUGGCAGCUUUGUCUGUCGAUCACGCCCCGGCGUUUUAG